AUGUUUCAAGUACCCUCACGCAUUGGUCAUGCAGUCGCGGGCCACCGCCAGUCAGCUGCUUCCUGGAAGUGCGCCCGCUCUCCAGCUUGGAACGUGAUUCAGAUGCAAGACUGGUGCUUCUCCAACAUGAAUACUAGAUGGGCGGCUGCUUCCACGGCUGCUAGACUGAAAAAUCCAACUCUCUUCCGUGAGAAGGCAUAUAUCGAUGGCCAAUGGCUUGAGUCAAAAUCAAGCAACAAGUACGGAUUUGCUGUUUUCAUUCCCGAGGUCAUAGCACCCCACGCAGUCGUUUUCACGCUUCACCCGGUUUCUGUUGGCUCGCAGGUUGAACGACGGGCCGACGACAUAUUCGGGGACGGCCUUAUAUCGUUCAGGAAUCCUGGAUCGCUUCGUCUCCAUGCCGAUGGCAGCGGUGGCGGAUUCGGCCGCCAUCACAAGGGCAACGAUGUUUAG